AGUAUUAAAAAACAGUUCUCAUAACCCGUUCAUAACAUAUAUCAUCUUUAUGAACCCAAAAUACUUUCAGGCAAGUACUUCAAACAUUCAAACAAAGCAGAAACACGGUAGUGGUAGUGUGGGAAGUAAGUAUCAAAAUAUUUAUCUAUGAAUCAACGUUCGAUUGUAAUAACUGGUACUAUGCCAAGCCCAUAUAUGUUAUUCUGGCUUCUGGACAGACCAAUUUAUUCAUUUUCCUCAAGCUACACCAUUCCAAUUAGUCGCAUAUUAACACUGAUCGUUUUUUGUAUGAUUGUAUGUGUGUUAGUUACGAGUCUGUAAUUUGUUUUUGUCUGAAUAUAAAUAUUUGAGUCACGCUUGAUCCAAAACAAAUUGACUUACUCGCCUUCUACUCAUCAUUUCGUUUUCCAGUUUCCAACGCCAUUCGCCGCUUCGCUUUUUCCACUUUGUUUCUUUGAUUGUCUCUCCAGAUUAUUGAGUAUAUAAAAAAUACGUACUUAAAAUUUAUUUCAUUCUGUUAUUCCCGAACGCGAAUUACAUCAAUAAAAUAUAUGAGGGUAGCCGGGAUGUAUAUUUCGAUAAUAGUCAGCAUACGAUCUAAUUGGAGUUAGAAACUGAGCCACUAAACCAUGAUGGGUUUUGUAAUUUUAAUGUAAUGGCUGAUUUUAAAGUUUAACUAAAAGGAUUGUGAAAUCUUUUAGUCUGAAUUAUCUCUUAACUUAUUCUACUUAUUACAUUUUGGUAAAAUUAUUGAUAAGCCUCCAUAUAUUUUAUUUUAGUAAAAAAAUAUAAAUAUAUAUAUAUUUAUUAUGGCUAAAGUCGGUCGAGGUUUGCAAAUACCACUUUCAUGGAUUCCAGGACGUGAUGGAUUUUGUCCAGCUGGUGCAGUUUCUGUUGAUAACAUAUGUGUAGCACGAAGUAAACACAGUGGGGAAUUAUUGCCCGGAAAAUUAGUACCAAUGAAUGGAAAAUGUUAUUGUCCUUAUGGUGGAGCAGAACUAGAGUUUUACGAUUAUGAAGUGUUAUGUGAAAGUUUUAUUCCUGGUUCAUGCAAAGGAUAUCGUUGGGAAAGAGAAUUUGAUGGUGAUGUUCCAAAAAAUGCAAUUGUCGCUGGAAUAGCUAAAGAUGGUGAACCAUUGUACAUUGUAAAAGGUGUUGUGAAUGGUGAAACAUGUUUUGGAAAGCUACAUGAAGGUCAUUCAUGCGCCUACUUACCAUGGGGUGGUAAGGAAUAUUCAGUCAGUGAAUAUGAUGUACUUGUGUGGCAGAAACAUUGAGAUUUAAAAUUUUAAAUACUGUUUUGUACCGAAGACAUCAUGAACUUCACACAUCAGAUGUUUUCUUUUUAUCUUAUACCAUUUUGUUGUUUGAAAUAUUUGAAGAUGUGUGAAAAUAAUACGUCUUUAUACAUUG